AAUUAUUCACCCUAUCCUCACACUGGCAUGGCCACAGCCUUAUGGAUAUCUUGCACAAUGCAGAGGUUCAGCACUGACAGACAUUUACCUGCCGCUGUUCCUGUCUCAGUCUGACCCCCUGGCUCACAACCUCUUGGUCAUUGGCUUGUCCUCCAUGGUAAGAAGAUGUUUAAAUACCCCUCACCAUGGCAAGUGCUCUGCAAUGGUAUGGACAGAAGGGAUGGGAUCCCAAAUGACGAAAUAGCUAGAAGUCUCUACGUGAAUGAUAAAAGUCAUUCUCAGACUGAGGAGCCGACAGACAAUAUAUUUGAUGUGCAUAGCACUGACUCAUUCUGCCUACAACUAACAAACUCCCUGAAAGACCAAACAUUUGGCUUACCUGAACAAGAAAGGAAUGAUUUUGAAAAUCAAGCAGUAAUUUUGCCAGACGAUGUUAGCACACAUCAUAAAGAAUCUAGAUAUGAAUGUGAAUUACAGGUGAUAGGUACAGAGGAAAAGCCCUUUUGGCAAGAGGGUACAACUUUUAGUCAGGAUAUAAACAACGCAUUUGAGGUAAAGGAGCCAAACACAUCUGAACCUCAAAGCGUUGAUGUUCCUGUUUCUAUCAUGGAUAGAAUAACCAGGAGUUCCAUCUACUCAUUAUCCUCAGCAAGAGAUGCAGAAAGCUGCAAGGAAGAAGCAAGACAGGAGACUAGUUCAACUGCUCAAGAGAAUCCAAAUGUGGAUCGGAGAAGCAUGAGCAGUGAUGUAUGGCUCCCCAAUCCAGAUCGAAAUAGCCAGUUGCGUUUGUUGAAGGAAGAGAAACGCUUCGAUGUCAGAGCAUAUCGUUCCCAGACCAGCCCAACCAAGCUUUUUGCUGAUGAUGAUUCAGAGGAUGAAUUUAAGCCUCGCUCGCGAGAUCUUACACCAGAAAAGCUGUUGGAGCUGGAUGCACAGCGAAAAGACAUCAUUAAGAGACAAGGUCAACGGAAAAGCUUGGAUAUGGAAGAGAGAAUCUUAUUAGAUGAGACAGGGAGUUCCAUUUCAGGUGUUGACAUAAAUGGGCUGGAUAGCAGCCCCAAUACUGACCAGAUAAACUUUGAAGCUGCCAGACAACAAUUUCUGAUGUUAGAGAAGAAAAAGGAAAGCCUACCACCCCAGAGCCCCCAAUUUCAAUCCAAGCACACCCGCCUCUCCUCUCGAGUUCUGCUUGAAAAUGACAACAACCAAGAAAAGAUAGGAAGUAUUCAUGUGAAAAUGAGGGGCAUUGCAUCACCCAAUACUGAGAGCCAACCCAUAUUUAGCAGAAGCAGAAGUUCUAGUCAGCUCUAUAAUAAUGUCUCUGGGGAGAUAUAUGCUGAUAACGUAGACUCUAGAGCACAGGAAAAAACAGAAGAAAUUUUGAGAACAAGCUAUCAAAUCCCAGAGCAAGAAUCUGAGCACAUUCCAAAUCCAAAUAAUGAGACACCAAUUGAGAGGGAAAUCAGAUUGGCCAAGGAAAGGGAAGAGAACUUGAGGAGGGAGAGAGGCAUCCAGGUUAGUACAGAAACCAAUGAGAUUGUAGAAAUCCUCAAAAAUUCUGUCAUCCCUUUCACUUCAAAUGAGCCAUCUCAGAAAAAGAGCAAAGACAGAGCUCGUACCUCUAUCUUUCUACAGAGGGAAAUUGAAAAAGAGGCCCAAAGGGAAGCAGACUUGAAAAAUGAGGGUAAAGUGGCAGGGCUCUAUGAUAAGGGCACUGCUCAGGAAAUAGAUGAGCGCAGAAAAUUAUUUGAGCAGCCAGAUGAGAUUCCUGUGAAACCACAGAAUGUGACUACAAACCCAAUCUUUAAGGGAACAAUAACUAACUAUAUUACAGCAGAUGAUAUAACGCAAGUUGAUUGUGGAGAACCUGAUUUUAAAAGCAAUGGUAGCAUCCAAGAUGUCCAGCAGCCAUAUAGUGUUCGAACCAACUGGAAGCCAACUCCCAUGAACACAAAUAGAAAUAGAAGCCAGAGUUUAGAAAACAUAUUACACUAUAAGGCAACUUCAGAACCUUACCAAGAAACUCAGAUCUUACACAAAGAAAAUGUUCAUGUUAAACCUCUGAAAUUCAAUGUAUCAGUGAAAGGAGAUGAAGAUGAAAAGAGGAAGCAGUUGUUUAAUGGAACAGAGGAAAAUGUAAACCCAGAAAUAAUAUACAAUGUCAACAGGCUUAGGCCUUCUUUGUCCAACAUUAUUGAGCAAGAUAUCCAGCAGACACUGGAAAGGGAUAAGGAGCUAAAAGAACAACGAAGGAAAAGUGAAAUAUUUUCACUAACACCACCAGUAGACCUCCAAACCACUGCUUCCUUUAAUGGCUACAACCAAUAUGAAAGACCAAUACUGAGUUCAGGUGCUUCCAAUCAGUCGUCACCUGCUCCACACAGAGCCACCCCCUCUUAUGGAACUCCUUCAUAUAUAUUGUCACCAGAACAAGCAUUCAAAAUAAAGAGAUACCCUAAAUUUGUUGCAACAGAGUCAGAUUCAGAUGGGCUAAGGAAAUAUGGAGAAGAUAGCUGGUAUGCCGGCAUUGAGCCAAGCGAUGAAGUCAACACAGAGAUUGUGGAGUCUACACGUGUGAAUCGGCACAAAAACAAAAUGGCUAUGCGCUGGGAAGCAGGACUGUACACCAAUGAGUCAAGUGAUUAAAUCCAGAUCUCCCUAGGCAGCUGUCUUUCUUUUAUGCAAGAACUGCUAACUCCUUAACCAUCAGAAAGGCCAUACUGGACACAUGACUAGCUGUUGGGUUAAGCUUAUUGCUUUAAAAUUGUAUGGACAUGACAAUGAAGUGAGAAGAAGGAGAAUUGUCACAAGUCCUUUUGUUUUCUUAUGGAGCCUUAUUUCCAGCUUCAGUUGAAUAUACCCAACUGAAACAAAACGUCUUUGUUUUAUCACACAAUUUUUUCCACUAUGCAUAUAAGGAGGGUGGCUGUUAUUUUUGUAAGACAUGUUAUGUGUGGGUCACUGUUAAAGCAAGAAAAUUAUGCUUGUCCACCAUUUAUGUAUUAUAAAACUGACUGUCAAAAUAUGAACGACAGCCUUUUAACUACUAGCACUGUCAGUAAAUUAUAUACUACCUUUAUAUCUUUGACUACCAGGCAGUGUGAUUGCUCUGCUGUUUCAUGAAAUUCGGAAUUGUUGAAUUUUGGUUUCUUUUUGCCAGCCAUUGUCACUGGUAGUCAAAGGGUUACAUGACUUCUAUCUAAUGUAUGUGUGGGAAUCAACAGGGAGUCCUGCCACUCAAGCAACAAAGCAAAUCAUGUUUUGUAAACUAUAUGAUUUAUUAGCAGAACUAUUAAACUGCUUUGCCGUUGUCAUGAAAUAAACCCACUCUGGGACUUUAAUAAUCCAUUGAUUUUUCUACUUUACAGAACAGUAAUUAUAAAUUGCUUUAAUUACAUAAUUGCUAUGUAAUCCCCUAUGGAGGAGUGAUAAGGAUCAGACUUGGUGCAUGGUCUAAUGCAGUAUGUAGGAUUGCUGGAAAUGUGCCUGAUGUGGAAAAGGAGGGAAGCCGGCUUCACUCCACGCUAAUUGACUUCUAUGCUCUUAGCUACUUAGAUUUAAAUAAAAAUAUUGAAAUGC